GAUUCAAAGUAGGUCAGAAGAUAGGCGAUAAGUGCGGCAUGCGGGCAUCCAGCACGGCGGAGUUGAUCUUUGAAGGCGUUAAAAUACCACGGGAGAAUCUGGUCGGGGAGCUCGGAAAAGGAGUGGUACCGAUGAUGAGGAAUCUGGAGAUAGAGCGAGUCACUUUAGCAGCUAUGAGCCUGGGAAUUGCGAGGAGGUGCCUGGAUGUUAUGCUUACCUAUACGCAAGAACGGAAAUCAUUCGGAAAACCCCUGGCAGAAUUUGGCCAGAUCCAACGCCAUUUCGCAGAGUCGUAUGCCCAAUGGGCUGCUGCCCGCGCAUACGUGUACAUGGUUGCUGGGCAGUUGAGGCUGGACACGGCGAGUGGGUCUCGAUCGGAUUCUGAUGGUGUGAAGUUGUUUGCUACAACGAUGGCUAAGGACGUUGCUGAUCGAGCGAUGCAGUGUCUUGGAGGGUACGGCUACGUCGGUGAAUACGUGGUGGAGAGGCUUUGGCGCGAUGCCAAGUUGUUGGAGAUAGGUGGAGGAACGCUGGAGGCUCACCAGAAGAACAUCACGAGAGAUCUCUGCAAGGCAGGAUGCUCGUUGGUUCUUGACACUGAA